UACAAUGAUUGAUGUAUUUCUUGUAUUGAUGGACCAGGGACGCCAUCCUUAUGCAUAUCGGGCACCUCGCCCACCCGUGCCCCCCAUGACCACGCCCACUGAUUCGACGCCAGUAUAUACUGCGGCGUGGCCACCCCACCCAGACGGGGCUUAUAGACCAUUGUUGCCGGGUAUGGUGGCCGUGCCCACGUCAGAUCACGGGCAGACCAGCACAGCUGGAGUUGGCAGCUCUCCAUUGUCGGAGCCGCCGACAUUAUCUCAGUUAGGGUUCACCCAACCGGGUAACGCCUAUCGAUGGUGGGUGCAAGAGGGGGUGGGGUCACAGGGUUAUGCGCCGUACUUUCCGUAUACGUAUAGUCGACCUAUGACGUGUAACCCUGAUAGUGAGACGCAGGAUUGUAGAUUUCCACUGUCACAGACCGGGGAGAUGCAGAUGCCGGCUGUGGGGUUGGGACAGAUACCGGCACAGGCGGCGAUGCAGGGCCAGAUUUUGGGGCCGAGACAGAUGCCAGCAUCGGGGGCGAGUCAGGGCCCGGGGCAAGUAGAGAGGCAGAUGCCGUUACCUGGUGAGAGCCAGAUGCCGCUUUCCGGUGAGAGUCAGAUGCCGCUUUCCGGUGAGAGUCAGAUGCCAGAUGUGGGGGGGAGCCAGACUACCCAUGAGGAGGACGUUGCGAUGUUGGGUACCGAUCAGUUGGCCCCCGGUAGCCCCCAGGGUAUGGAUUCAGAUGAUGAUCAGCAUCCUCCACCAGCCGGAGAGGUUGGCGAGGAGGUUGCAGGCGACCCAGCGACGCAGCACAUAGGGACUGGGCAGAUUCGGUUGAUGGGGUACAACCCAGACGGGACCAUUUAUUAUGAGGUGAUUGACGACCCAGCGAGAAACUGGGUGCUCCCGAGGGGGAAGAAGGUUGUAUUGCAGUACAAUGCUGCUAUACAACCUGUAGGACGAGCCUGCAAUCGUUUUCGGCGGGAAGUGGGCAAGAUGAUCAGGAGUGGGUCCUACAUACACAUGCGGGACGAAUGGGCGAGGGUAAAUAGGCAGAUUAAGCAGGCAAUGUGGAACGCACUGAUGGAGGAGUUCUAUCUACCUGUAUCAGUUGACAUGCGCAGGGCACAAUAGGAGGCGUGGAAUGAUAUUGGACGUAAGCACCGCUCGUGGAAGUCGAGGUUCAAAACCCAACUAGGAAUUGGAGACGGUGACACGCCCGAGAGUAUCCGUGCGAGA